AUGUCCAUCGCCUCAGAAUCUACCAAGGCUGAUACCUUGGAGUAUGUUAUCACCCACAUCUUUUGUCCUAUCAAACCACCGCAGCACACUGAUUAUACUCUUGAAAAGGAUCACUCCCUCCUUGACGUCGUGCUAGGCUCGGCUCACAAAUUUGCGAGUUCUUUCCCUGGUGACGAGGAGGAGCAGUGGAGUCCUUUGUUGAAGAUGCUGGAAAGUCUUGCCGUUUCAAUUACUUCUUCUUCCAUGGCCAAGGACGUCUUUGAGUCACAAAUUAGGUCCAUGCAAGCACACCAGCAAAACUUAAUGCAGGCAAGCCAACAGCGAGGUAAAAUCCCUCCUCUGGAGAGUUCGAAUUCUAAACUUCAGAGCAGAAGAGCACGAAGCGGCCAGGAAUCAACUCUUAGCCAACGCGAAGCACAAGCAGCAGAGCUUCUAGCUACACUCUGGACUAUAAACAACACUGCAGCUCGAGAAUGCUGGGCAGACCAACUCGAAGAAGCCGCUAGAGAUGCCGAGGAACUGCGGCCGGAAGAACAAGAAGCAGCCCGUAAAGAGGAACAGAAGAAGAACAAGUCCAAAUUUGUUCCCGUAGGCAAUGCCAAAGUUCCCUCCGUCCCAGUCGUCAUCCCUUCCCAUUACGCUGUGUGCAAACUGAAAGCAGGAGAGUAUUGUGAGCUCUAUUAUUUCACUAACAAAGGCUUGAAAGAGGCCAAGAAGAACCUACUCUCUACCGAAGCACCAAGGUUAACGCUAAUGACGAACGCUGAAGGUCAACAAACGUGGGUCAACGCCGACGAGACCCGCGAUCCCAAAGCAGUUUUCACCAAGGAUGAAAACCUAUCAUGGGAACACUUCAACGAAGCCGCCCCGCGCAUGAUAACCGCCAUGAAGCAACACGAAUGGCCAGAAGAUAGGGUAACACAGGCUAUAGUGUUAUAUAGAUGUAUCUAUACUGGACUAUGUUGGAGCUUGGAUGCCGACGCGAACGCGGGAGUUGAAUGUUUGGAAUACGAGAUAGUAUAUAGUAUCGUCGGAUUCCCAAUACCCUCUUUUCCCAGUCCGUUAUCUGGGAUCUGA